AUGCGGCUGACGCUCGUGUCGCUCCUGGCCGCGUCACCUGUGGAGCAGCUGCGCGCGUUCCCCUCCUCCCUCAGCGACUGUCAGACCCCCACGGGCUGGAACUGCUCCGGAUACGACGACCGCGACACCGACCUGUUCCUCUGCGACACAAACACCUGUAAGUUCGACGGCGAGUGUCUGCGCAUCGGGAACAUGGUGACCUGCAUCUGCGACUUCAAGUGCAAUAACGACUACGCUCCGGUCUGCGGCUCGAACAACCACAACUACCAGAACGAGUGUUUCCUGCGGCGCGACGCGUGUAAGCUACAGUCCGAGGUCCUGGUGCUGACCGAGGGGGCGUGUCCUAUCGAUGCUGGUUCAGGAUCCGGAGAUGACGGAGCGGAGGGAUCCACAGAGACAUCACAGAAGGAGACGUCGACCUGUGACAUCUGUCAGUUUGGAGCCGAGUGCGACGUGGACGCAGAGGACGUGUGGUGUGUGUGUAACAUCGACUGCUCGCACAUCUCCCUGAACCCUGUGUGUGCGUCAGACGGCCGUUCCUAUGACAACCCCUGUCAGGUCAAAGAGGCGUCGUGUCAGAAGCAGGAGCGCAUCGAAGUCAGGCACCUGGGCAAGUGCAGAGUGUACGACAGAGAAGUGGUGCCUGGGAUCAAACCUGGAGAUGGUCACUACGCACGGACGGAUCUGACAGUGGAGGAGGGAGAGGCUCGAGGGCUCUACAUCCCGUGUCCUGAUCACUACAAGAACUACUGCAUCCACGGGGAUUGUCUGUAUCCCAGUGUGCUGGCCCCUCCCUCCUGCAGCUGUCACUCAGGCUUCAGCGGUCCCCAGUGCGACACUAAAGAGUACAACGUCCUGUAUGUGGUUCCGGGUUCAGGGAAACUGCACUAUGUCCUGAUCGCGUCUGUGAUCGGGGCGCUCCAGGUCCUCAUCAUCUGUGUGGUCAUCCUCUGCAUCACCAGAAAGUGCCCUCGGACCAAUCGGAUUCACCGACAGAAAACCAAUAACGUCCACUUCAGCUCCGAGAACACCAUGAGAGCUUCUACCAGACUGAUCUGA